UCCCAGCUGGCGUUUAGCUGAAGCCCAAGCGAGCAGUUAUUAAUGCAGGGAUUGCAGAAAUACGGCGGAGAUUUAAUCUCUAUCCUUUCGCGGUUAAUUUAAUAAUAAUGUCGUUGGUUACAGUCUCUUAAGAAACUAACUGGAUGACGGGGUAAUUAACGUGCUGCUAGUCGGCUAGGUAGGCUAAUUUAUUGAGGUUGAAGUGAAGGAGCUACAGGUUUUUGCCACUGUGGCAGCAACAACAGAAGAAACCAAACCCGCCUGAGUGCACUUGUUAGUCGUGUUUAGUUCAGUGUGACUGCUGCAGUGUGUAUAAAAGUGUGUGUGUUAAUGUCUGAAUUACAUUGAAUGGAUUAUUUGAUGUAAAAGACCUUCGUUGCGCGCGCUAAUUUGCUAACCAGGGCGAAGAACACACGUUUUUUUUUAUUGACAUUGCUUCCUUUAUUAGUCUUAAUUGUACGUCACAAACACGUUUUAAUCAGCUGCAGUGAGGUGCUGGUUAAUACAGCCGCUUUAACACACAGACGGAUACAGGGUGUUGUGUUGACAUUAAGCUAGCAGAGAGGCUGUGCAGUAGAUUUGUAGUGAAGCUAGUUCGGAUAGCCAUCGGAAAUGGACGACUUCAGUUCAAUAAGCCUGCUUUCUCUGGCCAUGUUAGUGGGAUGUUAUGUUGCAGGAACAAUUCCUCUGGCUGUCAACUUUUCAGAGGAAAAGCUGAAGCUGGUGACGGUGUUGGGAGCAGGUCUGCUAUGUGGUACUGCCCUGGCUGUCAUUAUUCCUGAGGGAGUCCAUGCACUGUAUGAGGAGGUCCUGGAGGCAGGACACCACGCUCACGGUCAGGCCGAGGUGUCCGCGCCGGAUCAGAAAGCUGCAGAGUCGGUGGUAGGAUCGAGUCACGAACAUGCGCACAGUCAUGAGGAGCUCCAUGCCUUCAUCGGUGUCUCUCUGGUGCUGGGAUUUGUCUUCAUGUUGCUGGUGGACCAGAUUGGCAGCUCGCACAUACACAGCGGCGAUGAUCCAGAGGCAGCGAGGGCAGCCAGCUCUAAAAUCACCACUACGCUUGGUUUGGUUGUCCAUGCUGCAGCUGACGGAGUUGCACUUGGAGCAGCAGCUUCUACCUCUCAGACGAGCGUCCAGCUUAUUGUAUUCGUGGCUAUCAUGCUUCAUAAGGCGCCUGCUGCCUUUGGCCUCGUCUCAUUCCUAAUGCACGCGGGUUUAGAGAGAAACCGAAUCAGAAAGCACCUGCUGGUCUUUGCCUUGGCUGCUCCUGUUAUGUCUAUGAUCACCUUCCUAGGCCUCAGCCAGAGCAGUAAAGAGGCGCUGUCUAAUGUCAAUGCCACAGGAGUGGCCAUGCUGUUCUCGGCUGGCACUUUCCUCUACGUUGCCACGGUGCACGUCCUGCCCGAAGUCGGAGGAAUGGGUGGGCACAGCCACUCGGCCGGAGGGGGAAAAGGACUGAGCAAGCUGGAGGUGCUGGCACUCGUCAUAGGCUGCAUCAUCCCUCUCGUGCUCUCCGUUGGCCACCACCACUAAAAAUGGAGGAAAAAAAAAGACUGUCGUGAACAGUGGACUUUUAAAAGUGGUGGCCAAUUUAUCUCAUCAUGCCUCUGUAUGGAUCAGAUCUGCAGCACAGAAAUGGACUUAUCGGGCAACUGUGAGAUCACAUGACCAUAACCCCAAAGUUCUAUGUGCUGAUUACAGGCAUUAACCGUACAUAAACAAGUGAUACCACAGGUUCAUGCUUUUUAUGGUAGGUUUUUUGUUUUGUUUUGUUCCUUACUCUACACAUUCUUUUUCUUCCAUUGUGUCUUCUGAAAUGUUUCUCUUUAACAAAAGUAACAGUGGACUACAACUUUUUUUUUUUUUUUUUUUAAUUUUUUUGAAUAUAUAUAUAUAUAUAUAUAUAUAUAUAUUAUAUAUAUGUAUGUAUAUAUAUAUAUAAUUUGUGGUGAGUGUCAUAACCAUUUUGAGUCACGUGACGGAAACUUUUUAUUCUGAAUGUGAUUCCAUGUUUUCUUUCAGAUUUUUUUCUCUCUACACAACAGUAUGGAUUCAGUGAAUGACAGUUUAUCUUGGUUCUUCACAUGUGACUUAUAGUGUUAGUCGUCUGAGCUUCAGAUUAGACUUCAUAUCUGAGCUGUAUGGCCAUAACAUGUAGACAUUUGUGCAGCAAUAGAGUUUUUUCCAGCAUACAGCUUGUGGUUGAUUAGUAUUUUCUGUUCUAAUGAAUUGAGGAGGAGGAUUUUGUUUUGUUUAAUUUAUCAUCUUGAACAAAUAGUUCUGAAAGUUUCUUAGGUGUAGUCGCUACACAGCAUCCACUUAAUAUCUAUUUUCUAAUCUGCCAAAUUUUUUUUGAAUAUUUCAUUUUUAAACAAAAUAGUGAAAUAGAAAUGGUGUCUAUUUCCGGUGGUGAAAAGCUGAAACGAUGGAAGGCUUUUAUACACUCAAGGGACCAUAGGUAAUGUUGAAAAGAGGUAAUGAGUGGUAGAAUGGUGUAUAAUUAUUUAACAUGCUGGCUAUUUUAAUAGCGGUUUAAAUUGUGGGGAAGCUAUUUGGCUAGAAGGAGCUGCUUGAGCUUUUUACUUGUUUGUGUUUGUUACGUGUCACUCACACUCAGCUGCUGUUCACUUUGAGAAGCAUCUCUGAGCUCUGCUGAUGUGGUCAGGGUGGGAUGCUUUUACUGUAAUUAUUGUGGUGCCUGCCCAAAGCAGAACCUCUGUAUAUAAUGCAUUGUGUACAAAUAAGUCAGAUGAGCUUAAUGAAAACUUCACUUGUAGCCCUCCUGUACUGAGUUUAUACUCAGGCUUUUAGUACAGUUAAUAAUGGCAAAGGUUAAUGGGGUUGAUUCAUGUGAUGGGUAAGGUAAUGUAAUAAAUUUACAUUGAAUCACAAUAAUGCUACA